AUGAACACAACGAGUGACGGCGAAGCUAUGGACGGCCAAGAAGCAAAGAACCACCAAGAAGCAACGAAGGACCAAGAAGGGACGGUACUUCAUUCGUUGUGCGGUCGUACCGUUAUCCGACUCGGUGACCUCGUUGUGAAGUCUGGCCACCUCCGCCCCCAGGAAGGGGAAACACUUCGUUUCAUCAUAGCAAAUACGACGAUCCAUAUACCUAAGGUUCAUGAUAUUCGCUGGGAAGAUGGCAAAGUCGAUGCUCUUAUAAUGGACUAUAUGCCUGGCAAGCCGCUUGAUAAAGCGUGGGAUACUUUAAGCUCUAGUCAGAAGCUCUCCAUUGCCAAUAAGCUAUAUUCCUAUAUGAAGCAACUUCGUGAGCUGAAAGGCCACUAUAUUAGGGCUAUUAAUUGGGGCAAAGCUAUUAUUGGACGCAUUGCAUCAAUUGAAGGGGGUCCAUUUGAUACCGAGGCGCAGUUCAACGAAUUUAUUCUAGGAGAUUUCGUCAAGAUAGCACCAGAUAUGCUACGACAUUAUACCAAAUUUGCGCUUAUGGAUGACCAUGAGAUUGUAUUCACACAUUCUGAUUUCGCCCCGCGGAAUAUUCUUAUGGAAGCUGGUCGAGUUACAGCUAUUCUGGACUGGGAAUAUGCUGGAUGGUAUCCAGCACAUUGGGAAUAUUGUCAGGCUCUUCGCCAACUGAGACCAAUGUUUGACUGGCCAGAAUAUCUUGCCCGUAUUCUUCCGCCCAAAUUUGAGCGAGAAUAUAUAGGCAUGACUUUCUUAGCUCGUAUCUCACGUCACUAG